AUGUUCCACUACAACCGGAGGAUCCACAACAAUCAAAGUUUCCACACCAAACGCAGGUUCCACAACAACCGGAGGUUCCACUUCAACCGGGGGGUCAACAACCGGAGUUUCCACAACAACCGGGGGGUCCACAACAACCGGAGGUUCCACAACAACCGGAGGUUCCACAACAACCGGGGGGUCCACAACCGGGGUUUCAACUUCAACCUGGGGGUCCACAACCGGAGGCUCCACAACAACUGGAGGUUCCACUUCAACCGGGGGGUCCACAACCAGAGGAACCGGAGGUUCCCCGACAACCGGAGGUUCCACAACUGGAGGUUCCACAGCAACCGGAGGUUCUACAACAACCGGAAGUUCCACAACAACCAGAGGUUCUACAUCAACCGGAGGUUCCCCUACAACCGGGGGAACCGGAGGUUCCCCUACAAUCGUACAUUCCACUACAACCGGAGGUUCCACUACAACCGGUGGUUCCACAACAACUGGAGAUUCCACUUCAACCGGGGGGUCCACAACCAGAGGUUACAAAACCGGAGGUUCCACAACAACCGGAGGUUCCCCAACAACCGGGGGGUCCACAACAACCGGAGGUUCCACAACAAUCGUACGUCCCACUACAACUGGAGGUUCCUCAACAACCGGUGGUUCCACUACAACCGGAGAAUCUCACACAACCGGUGGUUCCGCUACAAUCGUACAUUCCACUACAACCGGAGGUUCCACAACAACCGGAGGUUCCACUACAACCGGGGGGUCCACCACUGGGGGUUCCACUUCAACCAAGGGUCCCACAACCAAAGGUUCCAUCACAACUGGUGGUUCCACUACAACCGGAGAAUCUCAUACAACCGGAGGUUCCACUACAAUUGUACAUUCCACUACAAGUGGAGGUUCCACAACAACUGGAGGUUCCACGAGAACCGGGGGUUCCAAAACAACCGGAGGGUCCACAACCAGGGUUUCACCUUCAACCGGGGGGUCCACAACCGGAGGCUCCACAACAACUGGAGGUUCCAUUUCAACUGGUGGGUCCUCAACCAGAAGUUCCACUACAAACGGAGGUUCCCCAACAAUCGUAUGUUCCACUACAACCGGAGGAUCCACAACAAUCAAAGUUUCCACACCAAUCGCAGGUUCCACAACAACCGGAGGUUCCACAUCAGCCAAAGUUUCCGCAGCAAAUCAAGGUUCCACAACAACCGGAGGUUCCACUUCAACCGGGGGGUCCACAACCGGAGGUUCCACUACAACUGGGGGGUCCACAACAACUGGAGGUUCAACUUCAACCGGGGGGUCAACAACCGGAGUUUCCACAACAACUGGAGGCUCCACUUCAACCAAGGGUUCCACCACCAGAGGUUCCACCACAACUGGGGAGUACACAGCAACCGGAGGUUUCACAACAACCGGAGGUUCCACAACAACCGGGGGGUCCACAACAACCGGGGGGUCCACAACAACCGGAGGUUCCACAACAACCGGAGGUUCCACAACAACCGGGGGGUCCACAACAACCGGGGGGUCCACAACCGGGGUUUCAACUUCAACCGGGGGGUCCACAACCAGAGGGUCCACGACUACCCGAGGUUCCACUUCAACCGGGGGGUCCUCAACCGGAGGUUCCACGACAACUGGAGGUUCCACAACUGGAGGUUCCACAGCAACCGGAGGUUCUACUACAACCGGAAGUUCCACAACAACCAGAGGUUCUACAUCAACCGGAGGUUCCCCUACAACCGGGGGAACCGGAGGUUCCGCUACAAUCGUACAUUCCACUACAACCGGAGGUUCCACUACAACCGGUGGUUCCACUACAACCGGAGGUUCCACUGCAACCGGGGGUUCCACAACCGGACGUUCCAAAACCGGAGGUUCACCAACAACCGGGGGGUCCAAAACAACCGGAGGAUCCACAACAACCGGAGGUCCCACAACAAUCGUACGUCCCACUUCAACCGGAGGUUCCUCAACAAUCGUACAUUCCACUGCAACCGGAGGUUCCACAACAACCGGAGGUUCCGCUACGACCGGUGGGUCCACCACUGGGGGUUCCACUUCAACCAAGGGUCCCACAACCAAAGGUUCCAUCACAACUGGGGGGUCCACAACAACCGGAGGUUCUACAACAACCGGAGGUUCCACAACAACUGGAGGUUCUACAACAACUGGAGGUUCCACUACAACCGGAGGUUCCACUUCAACCGGGGGGCCAACAACCGGAGGUUCCACUACAACCAGAGGUUCUACAACAACCGGAGGUUCCACAACAACUGGGGGGUCCACAAAACCCGGAGGUCAAACAACCGGAGGUUCCACAACAACCGGCGUUACCACAACAACCGGAGGUUCCACAACAACUGCAGUUCCAACGACGACGUGCUCAGCAGCCGGUUCCCUCCCGGAACGUUUCACAUGCUGACGGUGAAAAUCAACCAAAGACUGGCCGUCUAG